GCCAUCUAUGAAUUAAUUUUUAAAAUACAAAAUAGGUUAUGUUUUGAAUGGAAUAUUUUUAAUUAUCACAUAAAAAGAGAUUAUCAUUGGUUUUCUUAUCUGAAAUAGUAAGUAUAAGUCCUAAUUUGAAGAAAUAACUGUUUAGUUAUAAAAUAAUGUCAAACUCUGAACACCCAAGGAAUUUAAUUCCGGAAUUGUGCAGGCAAUUCUACGAUUUGGGUUGGGUAACAGGAACCGGGGGUGGAAUUAGUAUCAAAUAUGAUGAUAAAAUAUAUAUCGCACCUUCAGGGGUGCAAAAAGAACGGAUAAAACCUGACGAUUUAUUCGUACAAACCAUUGAUGGGGUCGAUUUAGAGUUACCACCCCCGGAGAAGAAGUUAAAAAAAAGCCAAUGCACCCCAUUAUUUAUGUGCGCUUACACUCAAAGACACGCAGGGGCAGUUAUUCACACCCAUUCAAAAGCUGCGGUUAUGGUAACUUUAUUAUAUCCGGGUAAAACGUUCACAUGUACCCAUUUAGAGAUGAUUAAAGGGAUAAAAGAUCAAAAAUUGGGGCGCAAUAUUCGCUACGACGAACAACUGGUGGUACCAAUUAUAGAAAAUACUCCUUUUGAAGAAGAUUUAAGGGAUCGAAUGGCUGAAGUGAUUCAAGAAUACCCAGGAACUUGUGCUGUUUUAGUUCGAAGGCACGGAGUUUACGUUUGGGGCGAUUCCUGGCAACAAGCUAAAACUAUGUGCGAGUGCUACGAUUACCUAUUUGAUGUUGUGGUCCAGAUGAAAUUGCACGGAUUAGAUCCGAAUGCAAAGAAUUAAAAUUUCAAACAUCUAAAUAAAUCAAAACGUCAAAUUUUUGAGGUUAUGUUGAAGUUCGACGUUUUGAGGUUAAAUUUUGUGACUGUCGUCAUGACAACAACAUAGAUACUAAUGGGAUUAUAACCUCAAAAAUUUCAAAGCAAAAAUAAUUUUUAAAUUUUACUAAAAAGUAACCUUAACAAGUAUUACAUGAUGAAUUAUGUACACAAAACAACAAAAAAGAAAUGAAA